CGUCUUUUAUAACCGCUGCUGCUGCUAGCUGAACGUUGGUUGUGGUGCCAGCUACACGCCAUACACAUUACAAUCUGACUGUACAAUCUCCUUUAGAUCUACCAACAACUAUGUAUGCCUGAUGGGAUUAAUGUUUUAUUGGAUAGUUUGGACACCCAUAUUUUGGUAAGCGGUGAGCAGCUAUCGAAAUUGUGAGGUCACUUCUGGUGGUCAAUAAAAAAUGGGCUUGAUCAUUCUGAGAGUCUCUGUGUUGCUGUUUGUGAGCGGACUUGCCUCCAGCAGAGAUGCUGGGGAUUCUUUACAAAAUCGGACUGACUUUACUUCAAACUUCACAAUGAUCAAACCUCCAGGAAAUGGGUCCAAAGCUAUGGUCUGGUGCCCUGAAAGGACAAAAAUCAACCAUGUCUUCAAGUACAUAAACACUGCAAUAUCCUGUGCUAUUUUUGUCAUUGGGAUGGUCGGGAAUGCAACCUUGCUCAGAAUAAUCUACCGGAACAAGUGCAUGAGAAAUGGCCCCAAUGCACUGAUAGCCAGCCUGGCGCUUGGUGACCUUAUCUACAUUGCCAUUGACAUUCCCAUUAUGGUCUUUAAGCUUCUUGCACAGCGGUGGCCAUUUGAUCAGUCUUCAGUUGGAGCAGGUCUUUGCAAGAUCUUUCCGUUCGUUCAGAAGGCUUCAGUUGGAAUCACAGUGCUCAACCUGUGUGCUCUGAGUGUGGACAGGUACAGAGCAGUCGCAUCCUGGAACCGAGUUCAAGGCAAUGGAAUCCCACUUAUCACCGCAGUUGAAAUAAUGUCCAUCUGGGGUCUUUCGUUUGUGCUGGCAAUACCUGAGGCAAUUGGAUUUGUCAUGGUGUCCUUUGACUAUCGGGGUGAAACAUUACGAACUUGCAUGUUUGAUGCUAGAUCUCCUUUUAUGGAGUUUUACAAGAACGCAAAAGAUUGGUGGCUGUUUGGCUUCUAUUUCUGUGUACCCCUGGCAUGCACUGGAAUUUUCUAUACUCUAAUGACAUGUGAGAUGCUACACCAAAGGAAGGGAAGUCUCCGCAUAGCAUUGAGUGAACACCUAAAACAGCGACGUGAGGUUGCAAAGACUGUGUUUUGCCUAGUCGUGAUAUUUGCCCUGUGUUGGUUUCCUCUGCAUCUGAGCAGAAUCAUCAAGAAGACCGUGUACAAUGAGCAGGAUUCAGGACGCUGUGAGCUUCUCAGCUUUCUGCUGGUUAUGGAUUUCAUCAGCAUUAACUUGGCAGCAUUAAACUCUUGUAUUAAUCCAAUUGCGCUCUACUUUGUAAGCAAGAAGUUUAAAAACUGUUUCCAGUCAUGUCUGUGCUGCUGUUGUCAAUCAAAGACCCUGACAAGCACAUCCCCCAUGAUUGUAACGAGUAUGCAGUGGAAAAAUCAUGACCAAAACUACUACAUUGCAGACAGGAGUAUUCACAAGGACAGCCUCAAUUAGCCACAAUCGUCUGCACAACAAGACUUUGAACCACACCAAAAAAGUGGUUACUUUCUACAAAGGAAUAAACUUCUUAUGUAGUUGAAGAAAAGUAAAUAUCCAGGCAAUGCUGGAGCCAUUGUUCCAUUUUAGAGAUUUACUGGACCACAGUCAAAUCUAAGCUGCAAGCAUAUGCUCACCGUUGGCUGUAAUACAGUCUUUUAUGUCUAAUGCUCGGCAGUGUGAGCCAUUGGACAAAUGUUGUUCUAUGGACUUCUAGGUGGUGAUGGAAUGUGCAAAGUUAUACUGACACACAGCCACUUGUUUUGUCAGUGUCGAAGAUACCAAAGAAUCUAGAACCAGGCUUUGUUGAAUUGAGUGCUGGCAGCUUCUACAUAUCAUGUUCCCGAAUUAUAUUGAAUGUACUGCUCACCCUACUGUCUGCAGGAGGGUGAAAAAAAAAAAACAGUAUUUCUAUGGAGUUAUUAUAUAAAACUAUAAUUACUUUGUAUAUAACAAUUUUUAUUUAACAUAUAUAAAUAUGUAUAUUUUUAAUUGGAAUACAUAGAGGAUUGUGAGAUAUUGUAUAAUAGCAUGUGUUGUACUGGCAUUUUUCUGGCACACUAAAAUUGUAGACAUAAGAUAUGCAUUUUAUGGCACUUCAGUAUUCAGAGACCCACCAUCUAUGUGCAAAAAGGUGGUAUUUUUUUUUUUUUUUUUAAGCAUGGCAAAGGGCACAUUAAAGUGUGUUUUAAGGACAACAGUGAUUUUAUUUAGAGGGGUGUUAUGCAUAACUGAUCAUUGUUACUGGUCAAAUGGCAUAUAUUUGUCAUAAAAAAAGGGGAUUUAAAAUCUCACUAUAAAAAUGAUUACAAAUUCUCCCUGAAUAUUUUUCAUUUCUAAAUCCUUUGACAACAGUACAUAAAAGAAGUCAGUAAAAUAUUUAUUUUCCAAUGUAAUGAGUAAGGAGCAGCAUUAGUCUUGUGUAAAAAAAGAAAAAAAAAAGGGGAAGAAAAGAAUAUAGAGAUGUUGUCUAUAAUAACCAACUGUCUAAUAUAUUUCUAGUGAAAGUGAAAGGAAAGCAUGCAUCCUAAUUGUUGAUCCAGGCAAUAUUUAUAUAACAAAAAAUAUAUAAUGAUAUUGAAACCUGUAAAGAUGAUUUAAAGUACAAGUUACCAUACCUUAAAGAAUCAUAAUUCAUAUUUAUCAUCAACGUCUCUACAAAAUAACUUUUAAGCAGCUUUUGAAUACAGUUUGAGAUUCAAUGGAUUUGGAAUGAUAGUUAAGUGAUUAUACAAAUCCACUCUAAAUAUUCAGCAUUCCUAGAGUAUAUCUGUUAAAUCCUACAAUUUGUUAAUUUGGGGGGGGGGGGGGUCCUUUUCAAACGAAUAAAGUUGUUUAAAUCAAGAUUAAAAAAUACCCUCACCCACCUAAAUGUCAAUGUAUUAUAAAAUAGUUUUUAACAAAGUGUUAAGUCCAAAAAUGACUGGUCCCACUCCUUGAGGUAACCUUAUCUAGGAGACUACAGAAUAAGGAGUCUCUCAGAGAUUCAUAAUGGUACUGGAGAGUCAUAUCCUCAAACUCAAUGUUGCUCCAUUUUCUAAUUGAUCAGAAAGAACAUCAUUGGCUAGGGUAUCAAUUUAUGUACCCCAAACAAGAGAACUCUCUGGUGCCGCCUUACAGCAGAUAAGGUUUGCAAAGAUGCACUUUAAGUGUUCACGGAAAUGAUAAAAUAUGACAUUUGUUCAUCACAUUAACACAUGAUGUAAAUGUACUGCAUUGCCGACAAGUUGUGCCUAGCACUAAUACAAGUACUAUGUUUUAAAGUGAUUGUAAAGUCUCUUUUUUGUUUCAAUAAAAAUAACAAACGUCA